AAGCCACACACUCGAGCAGCUGAUGUUAAGGGAUCUAUAGGUUAAGAGAUGCUCAUUAUGUUAAGGGUCUAUAGGUUAGGUUAUAGUAACCGGGAUCAGAGAUACAGUUUGUCAGUUUAAGGUUUUACAGAACUUGUGCAGAAAACAGAACUUACAGAAGUUUUUCAAUUGUAGAGAAGGCAUUCUCCUGCUUUUUUUUUUAUCUCGGUCAGCAUGAGGGUCUUUACCUCCUACAUCUUGCUCCUGCUCUCAGCCCCUCCCACCUCCAAACCUCCACUAAUCACAGGAAGUACGUCAGCACACAGCAGCCCCACAGGUGACACACACUCAUCCAGAAACACAAGAGCACCAGAGUUGGAAUCAACAUCUGCACAUGGAAAUUCAAAUACAACACAAUCAGGGCAGAAUGCAUCUCUCUAUGGAGGACUAGCAGCUGCUGUGCUGGUCGGCCUACUGGUGUUGACCAUCAUACUGAUGAAGACCAGAGCAAAGAGGAGAGAAACACCACGAUCAUCACUAAGGAACCCAAGUAAUGCUGAAGAGAACAACGGCAUCUAUGCAGAGAUACAAGACACAGACAGCAGUGCAGAUAAACUCCAAACUCCUCCGACUCCAACCAAUCAGAGGAAUCAUCAGGACAGUUCACCUGUCAUCAGCAUAUACACCACAGCCAAUCAAAAUCCAGAACAGCAUCCAGCUUCAGCCAAUCAGUUGUCUGAAACUAACACUGAACCUGAAGACAUCAACUCCCUUUUGAUCUACUCUGUUGCAACCAAUCCGAUGCAGCCUACACACAUGACAGCAGCCAAUCAGAAUUCUGAAAUUGAUGACACAUACUCUGUUGCAACAAUCCGAUGCAGCCUACACACGUCAGCAGCCAAUCAGAAUUCUGAAAUUGAUGACACAUACUCUGUUGCAACCAAUCUGAUACUGCCUACAGACAUGUCAGCAGCCAAUCAGCCAAUUGAUGACACAUAUGCUCUGGCAACUAAUCUGAUACUGCCUGCAGGCGUGCCAGCAGCCAAUUAGAAUUCUGAAAUCAAUGAUGCUCACUCUUGCCACCAAUCCGAUACAAACAUGCCAGCCUCCAAUAGGCUGAGCCUGACUGAGGUGUCUGUGCAAACCCAGCCAUAGCCAAAAAUCUCACUGAUUCCCUCAACUAUAAAACCAUGGUCAUCAGUUCAGAGCCAAUCAGCUUUGGUUAUCCAAUGGCUGGCUUCCAAAACCCCGCCUCCAUUGAGUUACCUAGGAUACUGCUCCUUGUCCCGGACGCAACUUCUUAUUUGUACUUUUACAGAUAGAGAAAUGUAAUAAUUCAUCCGUAAUUUAUGUCAUGUUAAAGUUAUCUUAGAUUUGUGUAGAUUUUCAUAGAAAAUAUCAUUGCAUAUAUAUGUAUAUAUAUAGAGAGAGAGAGAGAGAGAGAGAGAGAGAUAGAUAGAUAGAUAGAUCUGACCUCUCUCUCUGGAAACUGUCAUGUAAAUAUCGUACUAUAUUUAAUUUCUUGAAUAUACAGUACUUGGUCUUUGUGCCUGUAAAAGAGUUUUACUGUUUGUGUAUAUAUUAGUACUUAUAAAUCCAAAUGUUCUAUGCCAUGCCACCCAUCUUCUGAAUGUGCCAAAAUGUUCCAUGCCAUGCCACCCAUCUUCUGAAUGUGCCAAAAUGUUCUAUGCCAUGCCACCCAUCUUCUGAAUGUGCCAAAAUGUUCUAUGCCAUGCCACCCAUCUUCUGAAUGGGCCAAAAUGUUCUAUGCCAUGCCACCCAUCUUCUGAUAGAGCCUCCUCCUCUCAUCACUCUUUGUUCAUCUUUCUCUUCCUCUCACUGCAAUGCUGGUGGCUUUCCAUUUCUGUUAAAAACAGAACAGAAAAACUCACCUGUUGUUGUCAUGUACUCUUUCAGGUCGACCUUCAUCUUCCUAUCCCUACCCAUCUUCCACUAUUUGGUUAUUAAGUGAUGAUGCAAUAAUAGGCUAAUAAAUCUGUUUACGGGUCCAAUGGCUUUCAAAGCCGCUCGGUUUUCUCCAUAGAGAGUAAAAUAAAUGAUUUUUUUCCGCUAUUCAGAGUAGCCUUUAAGAAAACUGUCAUCCUACUACUCACUUGUUGCCUCAACCUAAUAAAAUCUUAUUUUUCGCAGAAGCCUGCAAGUAACCCUUGAUUUUAUCAUCUGGCUGCACAGCUAUAGUAAUUGCUCUGUUAAAGUUAAGCAGUUUUGUUUUACUCUCAAUAAAACGGAGGUGAUGGUGACAAGGUUUAUAAGUUGCAAAAACUGGCUGGGUGCCCCAGUUAACGUUUUCUUGACCAAAAAGCUGUUGGGCCUGUUACGUCGGACUUAACAACCGAAUAGAACUGGAGAGAGGGAGAAGUACCACCCCCAUUCAUUUUAAUGGACCAUGCAUUCAAUGUCCCAAACAUGCAUUGCCCAGAAUGCAUCACAUUUAGCCAGAGCUGUGCAGCCAACCAAAAAGCAGUUGGGCUUGUGACGCGGGACUUAACAACCGAAUGGCCUCCCCCUCUCAUCCACACUCUUCCUCUCAUUGCACUGUUGGUUGAUAGUCACCUGUUGCAUUGUAGUGCUUGAAGGAGAAAUUUUGGAUUACUAACAUUUUUUUAUAUUCUGUAUAUGCUUUCUAUACAUUCAAUACUGUGCAUCAACUUUGCUUUGUCUGUCAUUUGCUCUCUCCAUGUCAUGAUUUUCUAAUAAAGGUCAUGCGACCCCCUUUGUCACGAGUUAAGGGUAUUCUGCCUGAGGCAGUAAUAUUAGGAAUAUCCCGACAGGAACUAGACUAUGGCAAGAGAAUGCUGAUAUAUUGUAUUGACCAAUUAUCUACUUACUUGGAGUAGCCACAUGACUUGCGUAUGGCGCACGGAUCACAUGCUAUGUCCAAGAAGUGUAUAUGUAUUGUAUUUCUGCAUGUAUGAGGAUUUUUGGAAAAGACCAUUGUACUCAUGUAAUUGUUGCUAGUGACCUGCUCCCGGUAUUGUGAAUA